UAAUUGAUAGAGUAUGGGGGGGGAAGGAAUCCAAAAUCAUAGCACGAAAUCCUUGUAUCUAGGUGGGAUUAGCUUUUCUUUAGCCUUGGGGUUAAAAUCAUUGGGCAGUGGGGGGUGUGUGUGUAUGUCAGAGUUUGUAAUAACUGGAACUAAAUACAAAACUAAAAGAAAACUUUUUGAGCUAUAUGUGAACAAAGGUAGUUGAGUUGCUGCUUUAAUAAGGCUGGCAGUUAUGGCACUGGGAUACCAGGGCCCGGUCCUCUCUCAGCUCUUCAAUAAAUGAACUUUUGACUGUAUGUAGUUCACAUACAGCAUCUAUACUAUGUAUCACUUUGCUUUGAACCUCUUUUAUCACACACAUGUUCACUGGGAGCAGAACAGGGACAGUAGUGUCAUCCUACCAGUGACUGAAUGAGUUUUUAGCAACUGUAAAUAGUUCCAGAUGGUAAGGAUAAAAAGCUGGUCUGCAAGAAAACCACCUUCAAGACUGAUAUUCAGAAACAUAGUCAUACAAUUGGAGGGCUAACUUGGGAAGGAAUCUUUGCAGCGGCCUGCCAGCAGUUGCAGAGUAGUUGCGGACAACUGCUGGCAAGAUACCUUUUCUGUGGCUCCAAAGGAUUCAUCUCAAACUAAGGUUUUGAAUGCAGUCUGAGUCCAAGAACUAUGAAGAAGAGACACCUUCUCUGUACUGGGGGACGGAUCCUGUAUUUUCUGCAUUUGCAAGACUCUAUAUUAAAGAUAUAAAAGAAAUGAGGGAAUCUAAACAAGUGCCAGGUGUGUUCUUUUAUAACGGACAUCCAGUAAGACAGGUGGAUGUUGUCGGGACAGUGGUUCAAACAAAAGAGCGAGAUGCCUUUUAUAAUUAUGGAGUGGAUGAUAGUACUGGCGUUAUAAAUUGUGUCUGCUGGAAAAAUCCCAUGGCAGCAGAAACAGCUUUAUCAGGUCGUCCAAGCACACCCAGCAGUCUUACUGUUUUUGGACAGAUGAAGAAACUCCAAGAACUGGUGAGCCAGAAAACCAAAUUGGAGAUUGGGGAUAUUGUCAGGGUCAGAGGUCACAUCCGAACCUACAGGCAACAAAGAGAAAUUCAGGCUUCAUGUUUUUAUAAAGUGGAUGAUCCUGUGUGUGAUGUUCAGAUUUCAAGGAUGCUGGAGCUCCCCUGUCUCUAUAGAGAAGUUUACGAUAAGCCUUUCCAAGGCCCCGAGGAGGGACAGAGCGGCCUGGAGGGUCAGAAUUUCUCAGUCAAUAUGCUGCAUGAGAAAGUGAAAGGUUUUCUAUUAGAAAACAAAAUUCAGACCUUUUACCAACAGGAGUUGGAAACAAUUGACACUCUGGUGUCUCUGGCUGGUGUGCAUCUGCGCAGUCCCAGCUGUCAGGAGGUGAAGUCAAAAAGCGACUCCAGUUCCAAAAGGAUUCACAGUGUUUUUAAGGAAGCAAUAAGGAUGCUACAAGAAAAAGGAGUGGUUUUCCAGAAACCCAGUAGCUCCAAGGACUUAUACUAUGUGACUGACCAUGAUAAGGAGCUGCUUAAAGUGACCCUUGAUAUGAUUAAAGAAGACUGUCGAAAACCCAGGCAUGCUGAAAAAGGCUGCCAUUUCCUUCAUGUCCUGAGCUGUGUUCAGCAGAGCUACAACCCCUCUGUGCCUGAAGCGGUGGUGCACCGAGUCUUGGAACUGCUGGAGAGUAACAGUGAUAUUGUCAGCACUAUGGAAGGAUAUUAUACGGCAUUUUAAAGAGAGAAGAUAAGAUACAUUUGUUCUGGUCCAUUCAGGAAAAAGGAGGGAAGAGGGAGAGGUUGGGUGACCCUGAAUAGCUGCAGUUACCUGGUAUGAUUUAGAUUGGGGGGGGGAAAAAAAGAGCAUUCUGAUUCUCCAGAUGCUAUUUUUGUUCAGCUCCAGAGAAAUUGUCCGAAUACUUGUUUUAAUAUUCUUGCUGACUUCCUCACUAUUCUUAGUGAAAGUUUUAUCAAACUGAUUCUGGACAUCCUGAUACAUCAGGGGAGCUGGAAAAGAAGCCAGGCUCUUUACCUGCAAUAAGAUGUGACAUGGUCAUCCUCACAUUUACAUUCAGUGAGCCCUAAAGAAAAGUCAUUGCUAAAGAGCACAGAUUACAGCAGUGGUCAUGUCAGGACUUGUUUUGCUGGCUUAAAGACUGAUCAAGUGAUCUUUCCAUAUGGUAAUAUCUGUGGAUCUUUCUUUUUAUGUACGCUUUGUAAUAGCUAGGGGAAGGACAUGCAAGCAAAUAUUCAAAAGACAUGCCUGUCAUUCCUGGCAGCGUUGGUGUAUCUGUCUGUAAAUAUGUAUUCCUGAAUGUGCACAACUUUCCUACUACUAAAGCCCUCCUCACCUUUCUCUGAAAAGUAAUUUUCAGUAACAGGGUUCUGCAUCCCUUCCCCAUCCUGCAACCUUGCCCACUGUUUGUCAAGCAUGUCUGGAUUCCCCUGGCUACCAUGUGCACUACUGAUGGGUGGCGUUGUGGAUUCUGUGAGACCAGAAUUCUCAAAAUCAGCCACCUUCUUGCUGUUUACUUUUAAAUUGCUUCCUACAUCAUAAAUGGUAAACCAUAAAUCAGAUGCUUUGGAAAAGAAAAUAUGAGAGCGAGGAAGACCCACUGUAAUCUCCAUGCUCCCUGUUGCCUUUUUUCUUCUAUUCCUUGUCACCUCUGGGGAAAAAUACUACUCGUAUCUGUGCUUGCAGAGGAACACAAGACAUUGAUGAAAUAACAUUGGCCUAAAGAAGGUGCAAGACAUUUUAUCUGGAAUAAUCAGAAUUCUGUUAUGUGCCACAGUUCAAAGCCCAGAGCUGUUCAGUAUUUAUUCUUAGAGAUAGCUUGCUGCUGCAGGGACUUGUCUGUUUAAUUAAUCUGUGUAAUUAAUGGUGUGGAGGUGAGACCUUUAACUCGAAGACAGUAGAAAGGAUUAAACGUGUCCUUCCUCUUUCCUCUGCACCUUCCCUGUAACAGUUGAAACAGCAGGCUCCCAGGAGGCAGAUGUAGUGGUAAAGCCCUAUAAGGACUGACAUAGCAGGGGAAAAUAAACCAUAUGCAUGAGGAAAGCCAGUGAGUAGUCCCAUGUCUGCCAGGUCUCUGGUUUGUUGUUAUAUUAUAUGCCUCAUUCCAAGCUCUGGCUGCAGUGAGAUAUAGGCUAAGAGAAAGGCAUGACAAAAUAUUUGGCAUUUGCAUUCAAAGGCCUGUGGAAAACCCUGGCCUUAAAGAGAUGGUGUGUUUGUCCAUAGUAAAAAACUAUGCAUGAAUCAUUCUUUUGCUGUAAAUUCCCUACUUGCUGCAGGGCUCAGUAGGUGGUUUCCCUGCAGGUUGCCCUACUCCUAGUGUUGCUGCUCUGUUUUGAGUUGGGUACCUUCUAGUCAGAUCUAAAUAAGGCCCUGAACAGGUGCUGAAAGGACAUACCUGUGCAGAAGGAAAUAAAAAAGAGGAUUAAGAAAGAAUUGUAGAAGUCUUCUUCCCCCACCUUCUCCCCCACCAUGAAUGUCUCUGGAAAGCAGGGAAAGAAGUCCAGGUUCUGAGUGAAGUGGUACUGAGAGGAGUUGCAACUUUAAUUUAUGCCUACAAAAAGGCCUGGUUGGCCACGGCGGGGGGAUUUACUUCUCAGAUUCCUGUUCUGAUUGCUGAUCAGUGUGAAGUGCUGCUUAACAACAAAGGCUGUCUAUGGAAGAAGUAAUUUAGAAUAUUGAUUCCUAAAUCCAGGCUCACUUCAGGAGUUAACUAUAUCUUACUCUCCAUGACUAUGGAGAAGUUGCCUACUUGGCAUGCAAUUGAGGAUAUUUUAAGGAAAGUAUGUGGUGUCUUGGGCCAUACAGAAGAGCAUGGCAUCUAAUUUAAGAUACUGAUUUGGCCAUUUUCUUACAGUCCUGUAUUAGCAGAAUCUGAUUUCGCUGGGAAAGGGUUAAAAGAACACCUCUAGCUCAGUGGGAAAGGGGAUCCCUCUUAGGUUAGAAGAGAGAAAGACUCAGGUUCUCCUGAGGGUGUCAGCCAAGUGUGUGGGCUGGAUGAGUUUUGGGAGGAGCGCUGUGCAGCUGAUUCUUGGAGGAAAAGAUAGUCUGGAGAUCGUAUUGCUCUUCAGAGUCUCUUUAAAAUAAAUUGAUACCAAAAUCAGAUUACUUCUUUGUCCUGUGCAGCUUGGAUAGUCGUAUACACAGCAUCUAAUGUGUUCAGUUUCCUCCAACUUUGAUGCUACAAUUCCUGUAUUUUAGAUGUAUUUCUGUGUGUAAAGUCUGCCUAAAAUCACUGGCCACCUAUUUUCUAUGCAUCGGAGGCUGAUGCAGAGACAAAGUGCUUUCCCUGUCUGUUCUGCCCCUAUUGCAACUUAAGAGCACUGAUCAACUGUGAAGUGUCAGAGAUGAGGCAGGAAGAAUUCACAUCAGGAAAGACAGAUAAAUGACUCUGGAAAGGACCUUCCUUGGAAGUUUUAAAGCUGGUCCUUGCUGGCAAUGUUGGAUUCUUUUGAUUGAGGGUACAAUCUGUUGGAGAUUGCUCCCCAAGAACAGGAAAGAGGGAGUUUUCUCACUUGAGUUAACUCAGGGAAAUAUGAAUGAACACAAGGGAGCCUAUAGUUUUUACAGGAGUGAAAGCUUAAAGUAGAACUAUUGGAGGAGCCUAGAUUUAAGUUACACAGAUUCUAACUCUGAAUAACUACAAAAUAGUUGUGCCUUAAGCUUGCAUGCUUUAUUUUUUCCCCCGGUAGCCACCCUACACAGACUAACAUUUACUCUGGUUGAGUGCAUUCCCUCUCUUGUACCUAUGGGGAAUACCAUAUGCAUAUGCCUGCACAGAAGUACCCCAACUAGCUGUGGGAGCACAGAGCUCUGUAGGUUGAUUUACCCAUUUACUCAGUAUCUCUACAGUAUGCUUCUGUGACAGCAGUCUAGACAUACCCAUAUUGGUAUAAGUCACCUUUAUGUAAGUCUACCUACACACACUAGGGCUUUUACUGCUAAUAAACUGUCUCUCUGUUUAAAGAUCAUAUCCUUAACCAAGAGAGUCAUAUCAUGCACGCUAUUAAAAUUCUUAGACCACACCUACAAAAUAUUGUGCGGAACAUUCAGUGAAAGCGCGCUUUCUUGUUUUGUUUAAUUUGAAAACUCGUUAGGCAACACAAUUAUUACUGCUUUAUUUAAGGACUUUGAAGGUGGCACUUUAAUGUAAAACUGACAAGUGAGAAUUCAUGUUGUAGGACCGCUUCAUGGCCAGUUCCAGUUUCCAUAGAAACAGUUAUGGCAGCAAAAAGCAGGUAAGUAAAAUGGGGUUUUUAAAGGCAGUCGGCAAUUUUGUUACCUUAAAAAGGUAUGUUUCCAUAGAAGUGCAGCACCUGAGAAUAAAAAUUACCGAAGAACCUCGAAUAUUCUGUUCUAGCAAAAUGUAAGGUGGUUGCUUUUCUGGUGAGGAAAUGAAGGAACAGCUCUACCUUCAGUCCCCGCCACCUGCUUACGUGAGAGAUGAGGUUGCUUCAUGCCUCAGUUUCCCUCUUUUGUAAAUUGGGGAUAAUAAAGCUCCAUGUGUAGGGCAUAAGCCUCAAUUUUUCUUAAUGUUAGUCAUUAAAAGCUCUUCAGAUAUCUAUUGAUGGGAUCUGUUAGAGAAGAACUCUGUGGGAGUGGGUGAAUGGAGAGAUGCUGGAGAGGGACUUAGUUCUAGUCCAAGCCCCACUUUUGCUAAUACCUUUAUCUUUCUCUGCUUCUUUCCAUGCACGUUGCUUUGCCUGUCUUGUGUUUCUGCUCUCUGGGUGCUAUGAGGCAGUGAUGGCCUCUCCGUUUUUAUUUGUACCAAAUAUUUUUUCUGGAAUCCUGUUCCCACUUGUGACUUCUUCAAUGACUUCUUAAAAACAGAAAUCCAGAUAAAUGAGUUAUGAUUGUUCUUGUUCUCAAAUCUUUGGAUUGUAAAUUUGUACCCAUGAGGGUAUGCAUUUUACACAAGCUACCUGGGAAAUUAAGCUUUUCUUUCAAAGUAAUAAAUGAAAAAUUUAAAGAUUG